GAACAGCAGGUGGCAGUAAUGCUCCUUGCUCUUAGUCACAAGCCAAGAAGAAGAUGCCUAGAGACUAGCACUCUAAAUACAUGUGUUGAGACGGUAUAAGAAGGAUAUCAACUGAAAACAUGGCGAAAAAUAAACAGAAGGGGAAAAAACAGCAGAAUGUGUUCCAAGUGGCUAACAAGCAGUCCAAGCCCAAGUCCAAAACUAAGCCUGUGAAGACUUCCUUAAAACAUAUAAACACCCUGAAAAAAGAGAAAGUGGAGAACUUGAAUCAGAUUUUCACCGAGGUGCAGAGGGACAUGAAAAGUAUUUCAAAAUCCACAGCCAAAGAAUCGACAGGGAAAACGCCGAUCUCAAGGGACAAACUACAGGAGUCUGUGAAUGUGGAUGGAGCUGCCCAGCUUUUCUCUCAACUUUAGUGAUGCAUGUCAUUUCAAAACAAAGUCAUAUGGCAUAUGAACAAGAUCUGCACACAUUACGCAUAUUACAUGAAAUCAGUUAAUUGGAAAUGAGGCCUGGAUCUAAUGAAUACUCUCUCUCUCUCUCUCUCUCUCUCUCUCUCUCUCUCUCUAUAUAUAUAUAUAUAUAUAUAUAUAUAUAUAUAUAUAUAUAUAUAUAUAUAUAUAUAUAUAUAUAUAUAUAUAUAUAUAUAUAUAAUUAUAUAUAUAUAUAUAUAUAUAUAUAUAUAUAUAAUUAUAAUUAUAAUUAUAGGGAAAUGAUCUCAAGAGUCAGAUUUCAUGUAAUAAAUAUGUUAACAAUGUGUAUGCCUGUAUACUUAAGAACAACUGACAUUCACGCCUAAAUGGCAGAUCCUUAAAAGGAGUAAGUUUCUGAGUUAGCAUUUUCUGUCAGCUAGAUUAACUGUUCUGUAUAACAAAAUCAGGUGGGUUUCGGGUAAUUGACUGUGUUUUUGUCAUUGUCCCGAGACCAGUAAGAUCAAAUGUAGGAGUUCUGCUUAGUAAAUGCAGAAAUGGGUAUGAAUUGGCAGUAUGAUCUUUUUUAAAUGGACAUUUGUACAGUUUUGAAAUUAUGAUAUUUGAUAUGUUUAUAAACACAUGAACUGGAAAUUCAAGAUAGUCAAAAUAAAGUGUACAGUUCUAAUGGAGAUAA